CGCCCGAGGGACCCGGGGCGGCGGCGCGCGGGGCCCGGGCGGCUGCCGGCGGCCCCUGGGCUGGGGGGAGUCCAGCCCGGAUAUUGAGUGCAGCCAUUGAGAAAAGCCAAACUCUUGUGUGUGCGCGUCUCGAAUAGCCCCCAAGAUGGCCGCCAAUGUGGGAUCGAUGUUUCAAUAUUGGAAGCGAUUUGAUCUACGGCGACUCCAGAAGGAGCUGAAUUCCGUCGCUUCCGAGCUGUCUGCGCGGCAGGAGGAGAGUGAACAUUCUCAUAAACAUUUAAUUGAACUCCGUCGGGAAUUUAAGAAAAAUGUACCUGAGGAAAUCAGAGAGAUGGUGGCUCCUGUAUUGAAAAGCUUCCAAGCCGAGGUGGUGGCCCUUAGUAAGAGAAGCCAGGAGGCAGAGGCGGCUUUUCUGAGUGUUUACAAGCAAUUAAUUGAAGCACCAGACCCUGUGCCUACAUUUGAGGUGGCGCGUAGCCUGGACGACAGACUGCAGCCCCCCAGCUCAGACCCCAGCAGGCAGCCCCGGCGGGACCUCCACACCUCCUGGAAGAGGCACCCCGAGCUCCUUGGCCCCAAAGAGCAGAAAGAGGGGACGUCUCCAGCCGGGCCCACGCUGACCGAAGGGAGCCGCCUCCCCGGCAUCGCUGGGAAAGCCCUUCUGACAGAAGCCUUGCUGCAGAGAAAUGAGGCCGAGAAACAGAAGGGCCUUCAAGAAGUGCAGGUCACGUUGGCAGCCAGACUGGGGGAGGCAGAGGAGAAGAUCAAGGUCCUACAUUCAGCGUUAAAGGCCACGCAGACAGAGCUGCUAGAGCUGCGUCGGAAGUACGACGAGGAGGCAGCGUCCAAGGCAGAUGAAGUCGGCCUGAUCAUGACGAACCUGGAGAAAGCUAACCAGCGCGCUGAAGCAGCCCAGCGGGAAGUGGAGAGUCUCCGGGAACAGCUCGCCUCUGUCAACAGCUCCAUCCGCCUGGCCUGCUGCUCCCCACAGGGACCCAGUGGGGAGAAGGUGAGCUUCGCCCUGUGCUCGGGGCCUCGGCUGGAGGCUGCCCUGGCCUCCAAGGACAGGGAGAUCCUGCGGCUGCUGAAGGACGCACAGCACCUCCGCAACUCUCUGCAGGAGCUGGAAGAGGCCUCCGCCAACCAGAUCGCGGACCUGGAACAGCAGCUCACAGCCAAGUCCGAGGCCAUAGAGAAGCUAGAAGAAAAGCUGCAGGCACAGUCGGACUAUGAGGAGAUUAAAACGGAGCUGAGCAUCCUGAAAGCCAUGAAGCUGGCCUCCAGCACCUGCGGCCUCCCGCAGCCCUGCUUCCUGUCUCCUCAGGGCAUGGCCAAGCCUGAUGACUCGUUGCUCAUAGCAAAGGAGGCCUUCUUCCCAGCACAGAAGUUCCUUCUGGAGAAGCCCAGUCUUCUGACCAGCCCUGAGGAGGACUCUCCCGAGGACGACUCCAUCAAGGACCCUCUGGGCACAGAGCCAUCCUACCACUCCCCUCAGCAGCUGCCACCUCCACCGGGGCCUGAAGACCCUCUGUCCCCCAGCCCUGGGCAGCCCCUGCUGGGCCCCAGCCUGGGACCUGAAGGCCCACGGACUUUCUCGCUGUCCCCGUUCCCCAGCCUGGCCCCAGGGGAGAGGCUGGCCGGGGACACGUUGCUGUCCAAGCACAUGAUGCCCCCAGCCGCCUUCAAGGGAGAGGCGGGUGGCCUGCUGGUGUUCCCUCCAGGCUUCUAUAGCACCAAGCCCCCCACAACCCCAGCCACCCCGGCCCCUGGCCCUGAGCCCCCCGGGGCCCCCGAGCCUGUGGACGGCGGGGGCAGCGCAGCAGGGGCCGGGGCAGAGGAGGAGCAGCUGGACACGGCAGAGAUAGCCUUCCAGGUGAAGGAGCAGCUGCUCAAGCACAACAUCGGGCAGCGGGUGUUCGGCCACUACGUGCUGGGGCUGUCGCAGGGCUCCGUCAGCGAGAUCCUGGCCCGGCCCAAGCCCUGGCGCAAGCUCACGGUGAAGGGCAAGGAGCCCUUCCUCAAGAUGAGGCAGUUCCUGUCGGACGAGCAGAACGUGCUGGCCCUGAGGACCAUCCAGGUGCGGCAGCGAGGCAGCAUCACCCCAAGAAUCCGCACACCUGAGACAGGCUCAGACGACGCCAUCAAGAGCAUCCUGGAGCAGGCCAAGAAGGAGAUCGAGUCCCAGAAGGGGGGCGAACCCAAGACUUCGGCAGCCCCGUUGAGCAUCACCAACGGCACAGCCUCCACCAGCACCUCAGAAGACGCCAUCAAGAACAUCCUGGAGCAAGCUCGCCGUGAGAUGCAGGCCCAGCAGCAGGCCCUGCUGGAAAUGGAGGCCGGACCCCGGGGCCGCACGGUGCCCCCAUCUCCCCCAGAGCGGCCCUCGCUGGCGGCUGUGAGCCAGAACGGGGCCCCGGCCUAUGUCAAGCAGGAAGACGGCACUGGAGGCGGAAGUGGGGGGACCAGCAGCAGUGCCACACAGACGUCCCUCACGGUCCUGUCCCCCGCGGCCUUCGUGCAGAGCAUCAUCCGGAAGGUUAAGUCGGAGAUUGGCGAUGCCGGCUACUUCGAUCACCACUGGGCCUCCGACCGCGGCCUGCUCAGCCGCCCCUACGCCUCUGUCUCGCCCUCGCUGUCCUCCUCCUCCAGCUACUCUGGCCAACCCAACGGGCGGGCCUGGCCCCGCGGAGACGAGGCCCCCGCUGCCCCUGAGGACGAGGCAGCUGGGGGCGAGGACGAGUCCCCCAGGGUCAGCGAACUGAAGGCAGAAGGGGGCGCACCCGAGGUGGGCAGUGGCGGGCGGCUGGCCUACUACCCAGCCUAUGUGCCCCGCACCCUGAAGCCCACCGUGCCACCGCUGACGCCAGAGCAGUACGAGCUGUACAUGUACCGUGAGGUGGACACGCUGGAGCUGACGCGCCAGGUCAAGGAGAAGCUGGCCAAGAACGGGAUCUGCCAGAGGAUCUUUGGGGAGAAGGUGCUGGGCCUGUCGCAGGGCAGCGUGAGUGAUAUGCUGUCCCGGCCGAAGCCAUGGAGCAAGCUAACGCAGAAGGGGCGGGAGCCCUUCAUCCGCAUGCAGCUGUGGCUCUCAGACCAGCUGGGCCAGGCCGUGGGCCAGCAGCCCAGUGCCUCCCAAGCCAGCCCUCCCGAGCUGCGGUCCUCACCAUCACCACCCCCAAGCCCCACAGAGCCUGAGAAGAGCUCCCAGGAGUCCUUGAGCCUGUCGCUGGAGAGCAGCAAGGAGAACCAGCAGCCGGACGGCCGCUCUGGCUCCUCACUAGGUGGGAAGAUGCACGCAGGCAGCCAGGCCGCCGGAGGCAUCCAGGAGAUUGUGGCCAUGUCCCCUGAGCUGGACACUUACUCCAUCACCAAGAGGGUCAAGGAGGUCCUCACAGACAACAACCUAGGGCAGCGGCUGUUUGGAGAGAGCAUCCUGGGCCUGACCCAGGGUUCCGUGUCUGACCUGCUGUCCCGGCCCAAACCCUGGCACAAGCUGAGCCUGAAGGGGAGGGAGCCCUUUGUCCGCAUGCAGCUAUGGCUCAGUGACCCCCACAACGUGGACAAGCUGAGGGACAUGAAGAAGCUGGAGAAGAAAGCCUACCUGAAACGCCGUUACGGCCUCAUCAGCACUGGCUCCGACAGUGAGUCUCCAGCCGCACGCUCCGAGUGCCCCAGCCCCUGCCUGCAGCCCCAGGACCCGAGCCUCCCGCAGAUGAAGAAGCCCCGCGUGGUGCUGGCGCCCGAGGAGAAGGAGGCGCUGAGGAAGGCUUACCAGCUGGAGCCCUACCCCUCCCAGCAGACCAUCGAGCUGCUGUCCUUCCAGCUCAACCUGAAGACCAACACCGUCAUCAACUGGUUCCACAACUACAGGUCCCGGAUGCGCCGGGAGAUGUUGGUGGAGGGAACCCAGGACGAGCCAGACCUUGACCCAAGUGGGGGUCCUGGCGUCCUACCACCUGGCCACUCUCAGCCGGAUCCUGCUCUGCAGAGCCCCGACUCAGAAGCUGAGGAUCAGAAGCCCACCGUGAAGGAACUGGAGCUUCAGGGGGGCUCUGAGGAGAGCACCAUGCCCCUGACUGCCCCCGACAGGGCCCACGUGAGGAUCAAGCAGGAGCAGAGUGAGGAGGAGGUGGGCAGCCAGCCCCAGGACCCAGGGGAGCCAGAGGAAGGCCAGCGUCCCCCCAAGGAGGAGCACCCUGACUCUCUGAGUAAUGACGGACUCCCCACAGUGGCCCCAGAGCCCCUUCUUUCAGACGGAAACACCUCAGACUGCACCUCGCUACAUCCCCCCCAGGAGGGUGAGGCUGAGGGGCGGCUUCACUCGGACCCUCUAAGUUUUAAGUCAGCCUCGGAGUCCUCACGCUGCAGCCUGGAGGUGUCACUGAACUCGCCCUCAGCCGCCUCCUCUCCGGGCCUCAUGAUGUCCGUGUCACCUGUCCCCUCCUCCUCUGCCCCCAUCUCCCCAUCCCCACCCGGCGCCCUCCAUGCCAAAGUGCCGAGUGCCAGCCCCACUGCUGACUCAGCUGGGGCCCUGCACCCCAGCACCAAGGUGAACCCCAAUCUGCAGCGGCGGCACGAGAAGAUGGCCAACUUGAACAGCAUCAUCUACCGGCUAGAGAGGGCCGCUAACCGGGAGGAGGCCCUGGAGUGGGAAUUCUGAAGGCGGGUGAGGGGGUGCCCGGCCCCCUUCCUCCUGUCCCAGGUGGGGCAGGGCCGAGGGGGGCACGCGGCCACCCGAGCGUGGACAGCAGUGUUAUGCCAUUUACGUUUUUUGUUGUGAUCCUAUUCCCUGCAGUUGCGAGUGGGCAGGUGGGCGGAUGCCAGGGCCUGGUCCUCGUCCUUUGGGCCUCCCUGCAGCGGGCCGCUUAGCAGCCUGCGGUUCUUCCCCACCCCGGCCCCCUGCAAGAGGCAGGAGCAAAACAGCGCCUCAUUUUCACCUGAGAACUCCAAACUUUUAGAAAAAUAAAGAAAUAUUUAUAGACCUCUUUUAGAUAUUUUAAUAAAGGAUCCUUUGGAAUUUAUUCCCAGCCAAUGCUGUUUUGAUAUUACAGAGAGUUAUGAAAUCAGGAUACUGUCACAACUAUUGCGAAGUAUACACGGAGUUGUGUCGUUUUUUGCCACUAGAUGAGAUUAAAAGAAGACGAUUGUUCAAAGCCAUCACUAAACACUAAAGACUGACCAAAUCUCUACAGCCUUUGACCACGGUUUCCCCGCCUGUCUGUGAGACAGGCACGUUGCCCUUGCCCGUCCAGAAGCCGUGCUGAAGGGAGAAAGUCCAGAAGACUCUAAAGGAAAACCUCGAUCCGUUGAGGACGUGUUCCCUCCUGGUGGUCUUUCUGCAACCCUGAUAACACAGAUUGUCCCGUGCUGUCGUAAAUGUCGUAGGAGAUGCGGGCCCUGGCCCAGCGUCCUAGACGAGAGGUAGCCCGGCACAGCAAACUGUCACGCGCCCCAGUUAGAAACCAUCUUGCCCGUCUGCAGACAAGAUGUUUCCAGAUCCUUCCGAAGGCUGGGUGUCAGGGCAGGUGCUCAAAGGGUGGUGCUUGCGCCAGAGCGACCCAGUUCCCAGCCUGAACCAUGGCACACCCAGCAAGUCUCCCCAGGGGGCAUUCCAGAGGCUGGCUGCCAUCUUCCCUCCUGUGCUUUAGAGGGACAGUGCACUCAUCCCACUCGCAGUGAAGCCCAGAAACCAGCGCCAAAAAGUGGGCUCAUCAAACGAGACCCCUGUGCCCCGUCACCACCUCCUCAAGUUGACCCCAGUGCUUCCCCUGGAGGCUGAGUUCACAACAGCACGUCCACAAACCCCGGUUGCCACGUCCCCCCUUCUUUCCAGCACAUGGCCACAGGGGAGCAAAGACAGCCCGCGACUCGGAGGAGCACUUUCUCCAGCGUUUCCUCUCGCGCCUGGGAGGGCGCCCCGCUGGGAGGUGGCAGCACGCUGCGUGCUUAAGCUCUACUUUUUAUUUCUUUACGUUUUCAAACUGUGGCAAGGCCGAAUUGGGCGACUCCGCGGAACGAUAACGAGAAGGUGACUAACUGGAGCCAGUCCAGUGCAGGGGGAGAGAUGGCGGACAGCUGUGGUGAGCAUUUCGAGACCACAGGCAAAACCCAGCGACCAGAAAGGGACACACAAAGACCGUCUCAAACCCCAACUCUCGUGCACCCAGCCCGGCUGCAGCCUCCACGCCAGUCAGCGUCAGCACACCCGAAGGAGGCCUCGUCCUCCGCACCACAGGCUAUGCACUGAAGAGUUUUCCACUGUAUACAUUUUUAUCCAGAUGAAGGUAUUUUUAUAUUUUGACAAUAGGAAACAGUGACCAAUUUUCAGAGUACUCCAGUCUGGAACAAACGGAACAUCUUUUAGCCGCCACCGCCCUGCUGCAUUAAACACCGGGGAAACACCACUUUUUACUCUCGAAACCAACACGACGUUGAAAUCCAGGACUCCAACCUUAAAGGACUCACGUUGGCUUUAGUGUGACAGGAUUUGAUGAAGCACUUAGUCUAGUCUUUUGAACACAGAAAUCCUGUUGUACUUAAAGCUGGCAGACCCGUGAACAGCUUCGUCCGUUUCAUGUCCUGCAAUGGUAAAACAACAACAACAACAACAACAAAUACACAGAACCCACAAAACUGUUUCUAUGAGAGAUCGAUGAACUUUGUUUAAAAUUUUAAAAAAAAGGAACACAUUCUGUAAACGAGUCGCUAAA